GCUGGCUAUUACUGUUACUUGGCCAAAACCUUGUCGACAUUAUCAAUGCGCAUUCAGUUAGUUUUCGACUGUUGGCGCGUUUACGACGUUUUACCACGGACGGCACGUUGUUGUGUUGCGCGAGCGUAAGCAGGAUUUUGUGACAAAAAACAAAAAAAAAAAAAACGAGCGAAAAGAAGUCUUCAAGCGCUUCUUUCAAUAAUAAUGAUCCGCCGUUGUUUGCUUCGAUAACAAAUUACUGUUAUAUUAUUUGGCGUUUUUGUGCGCUACAAAGCGUUUGCUGUUGAUAACAAGUGAAGCGUGAAAAAGUGACAACAGUUCCGUUGGGUUUCCCUUUCUUCGGUGGCGUUACUCGCUACAUGUUAAAAAGCAAGCAAACAGAGCAAAGAAAUUGUAAGAAACUUGCGGAAACUAAGAAAAAAAUUAACAACAACAACAAGCAGUUGCAUGAAUCUGCAAGCGCUUAACUGUUUGGUGCUCAAGGUGGUCCACACACACAUACAUACAUAUAUAUUUUUCAUUAAAAAAUAUAAAAUAAAAUUUCAAUUUCAAAUUACCGUUAUAGCUCUGUGAAAAUUUUUUAAAAUUGUUGCAAAUUUUUUUUUUCAAAUAAUAAUUUCGCCUGUUUUAAAAUUUUAAUUGUGCAACGCCAGUGGUGAAAGUGUGUUGUCGCAAUCAAAAAAAUAAACGCCUUGAUCUGUACAUGCAUGCAUAAAUAUUCGCGCACACACACACACGUAUGUAUAUGAAGCGCCAAAAAAGUAUGAAAUCAUAUAUUUGAGCCAAAAUAAAGCUAAAACAAAUGUAUAAAGUAGUCAGUGACCGUUUUGAAAGCCUUCAACGAAAAGUGAAGCUGUGUUGCAACUUCUGGUCGCGCUGUGUUGCAAGCGAAUCGCGCUGAUUGCUGCGCAUGCUGAAUAUACAUAUAACUGCUAUUUAAGGAAAAACAGGACGUUAACUUCCGACAACAGCGGCUGCACGACAGACCAGAUCAGAGCACGCGACCGAAUAGAAAGGAAGAAACUGGUUCGACGAGGAACGGGUGCGAGGGAAAAAUACAAAAAAAUAUACACAAAUAAUUUAAGGAAAACCGCGUGAAGUAGGAGGAAAUAUUUCAACAUGGCGUGUCGAGUGUGGUAUGGCGUGGCGUUGCUAUUUUUUGCCACCAACAUCAUGGCUGCCGACAUACUAAUGGUCACAAUGGGCGGCACCAAGUCACAUAAAAUACCCUUUUGGGAGCUGGCGAAAGGACUGAUACACAGAGGUCACAACAUAACAUUUCUUAAUGGUUUUCCAUCGGAUUUUCACAUUAACGGUUUACACGAGAUUACACCAGCUGGCUUGGUUGAGUACAUACAAAAUUAUACGAACUGGGAUUUAUUGGGCUCACGUAUGUCUGGUGAAAUGCCUUUAUCGAUGUGGGACGCAUUUCGAUAUGCGUUUCAAUCCUGCGAUGCAAUGCUGGAGGAUGCCGAAACUAAGGAGCUCAUGAAUCGCAGCUUUGACUUAGCCAUUCUGGAUGGCGCCUUUCCCGAGUGUGCACUCGGCAUGGUCUAUCAAUACAAAAUACCGUUCAUGUAUAUGAAUACGGUGGGCUUCUAUACCGGCAGUCUGGCAAAGUCCGGUAAUCCCGGUUCAUAUGCGAUAACGCCGAAUUUCUAUUCAAGCUUUACGGACACGAUGAAUAUCUUCCAGCGGGCGAUGAACACCGGCAUACAAGUCUUUCAGGAUGUUAUGCACAAGCUAGUCAUGGCGUUCGUUUAUCGCGUGAUGCGCGAACGCAUCGACACAAAUAUUCCGCAUCCCUAUGAUAUCUCGAAAAAUGUCAGCUUCAUACUGCAGAAUGGCCACGCUGUCGUAUCAUAUCCGCGUGCACUCAAUCCGAACGUUGCCGAAAUCGCCUGCAUACACUGCAAGCCCGCUAAGCCGCUGCCUAAAGAUCUCGAAGAGUUUAUUGCUUCCGCGGGCGAAUCGGGUUUCAUUUAUGUCUCGAUGGGUUCUUCAGUGAAGGCCGCCAACAUGCCGGAGUCGCUGCGUCGUUUGUUGGUGAAAACGUUCGCACGUCUGCCAUAUCAUGUGCUUUGGAAGUAUGAGGGUGAUGCUUCGGAAAUGCAUGAUCUCACGGCUAAUGUGCGCCUGAGUCGUUGGUUGCCACAGCAGGAUAUUUUGGGGCAUCACAAACUGCGCGCCUUCGUUACGCAUGGCGGUUUGUUGAGCAUGUUCGAGACGGUAUACCAUGGUGUGCCAGUUGUGACAAUGCCAGUCUUCUGCGAUCACGAUGUGAACUCUGCCAAGGCGGAGGUGGAUGGCUAUGCGAUCAAAUUACAGUUGGAGACUCUAACUGUUAGUCAGCUUUACAAGAGCUUAAUGAAGGUCAUACAUGAUCCGCAGUAUAGAAAUGCGGCGAGAUCCCGCCAAAGAUUGCUGACAGAUCAGCGUAGUACUCCCUUGGAAACAUCCAUAUAUUGGACGGAAUAUGUUUUGCGUCACAAAGGAGCUUACCACUUGCAAUCGCCGGCAAGAAAUAUGAGUUGGAUCCAAUACUACCUUAUCGAUGUAGUCGCUCUCUACGUGGGCGCUAUCUAUCUAAUCUACUAUCUGCUGAAACGUUUAUUCUCCCGCCCCGAAGUCAUGCAACAUAGCAUACGCCAUGCUCAUCACAAAGUCAAAAAGCUCAACUAAUUUAUCAUCAAUAAUUAGCUCAGUGAUAUUCAAUUACGGAAGUGUGUCUAAGUAUGUGCACAAUACUGCCGCCAUACUUCCUCUCACUCUCUCUCUAUCCCUUCAGUUGCAGUCUGUUCUUGGCAGAGCGCAUAGUCUCAUUUUCAUUUUUUACAGUGUGUGUGUGUGCAAAUAUUUUCGACUUUUUCUUUUGUGUAGAAAAAGUUAUUGUAAAUAUUGUGACUACAUAAACCUAUUUAAUAUAUAUUUAAUUAUUAUGUGUACAAAAGCGUGUGACAACUCUCAAAUAUCUAUACAUAUAUAUACAUACAUAUAUAUAAUAUAAUGAAUAAAAGCUGCCGAAAAAAUUAAUUAUUUUUAAAUUCAUAUUCUGCGGCUUUAUUUGUGUUACUGUAAAUUCGUUUGCAUGUUCUACCAUAUCAGUGGCGUAGCUAGGGGGGUUUCGAAGGGGACCGUCGCCCCGGGCGCAACGUCUUGGGGGCGGCAAAACUAUCUUCGCAGUUUUUUAAUAUUCAGAAAAAUACUUCAUCAAAUGUUUUUACAAAAAUUAUUUUAAAAGAUAAAGAGUUGUACACUCACAAUGUAAUCAUCUGAAUAACAAUGAAAAAUAUUAAUUUUUACUCGAAUACUCUUCAGUCUUUGAAUUUGUCUUAUAUCUUUUGGCUUAUAUCUUUCUUAAAAAUAGUGAUAGAACUUAAAAAUGCACUUUUCUAGCUUUAUCUAGCGACGUGUCACUCUCACAGUUACCCUAUGCUUUGAAUGUAACAAAUACUUUUAUUUCUCCAAAUUUUCAAAAAUGGUAUUUAAAAACUCCAAUUCGGGCAAAAAUUCCUGCAAAUUGUGUCAAAAGUGUACAAGAUAUUGGGCGAAAAUGGGUUUUUUCUAUGGCUUUUAAUAAGAUGUCUUCUAAAUUUACUAUCAAUUUCCUCAAAAACCGUAUUGUGAGUUUUGUAACUUCAGAAUUUGCGUGGCUUCUAGUUCCUAAAUUUUAUAUACUAAAUAUCGAAGAUAUUUUGUAAAAAUUCACUUUUGUCCGAACCACCUCAUAAAACUUGUAGGUAGGUAGAUAAAGGGGGCGGCAGAACAUCCUUGGCCCCGGGCGCCCGAAGUUGUAGCUACGCCACUGUACCAUAUUAAUGUGUUCUUUAAAAAGUUUUGCGUAAAUUAUUUAAUACAACAAAACCAAAGUCAAAUUAAAUUUAAAAAUGUUUGUGAAAUUCCUUUGAUUUUUGUAAAUGUGUUUUUUUCUGAUUUAAUUUUUGUUUGGAAAUGUAUAGUAUAUAA